UCGACCCCGAUCCAAUUUGCACUGAAUAUAUAUUUAAUCUAACUAAUCUAUCUGAGGAUCCAACUAAGCGUGUGUAUCUGUUCAUGUUCAAUGCAUAUAAGAACGCAGCAUUCUCUGAGAACAAUAUAGAGGAUAACACAGACGAGGCAAAGAAUAUCAAUAUAGACAAGAUAAAGCGCAUCGAAUUCACUUUUGAGAAAUUAGAUUCAUCGCAGUUGAAUUAUCGUUCUUAUAUAAGAGCAGGUUUUUUUGAUAGAGGUAUUGAAUACAAUAAUAAUUUACUGGAGUCGCUUUUAGGCGAAGAUAAAAAGAACAGUGGGGGCCUCGAUGCGCGCGAUCAAGCAUUCAGGAAUAAUCAAUAUGUUCUUUCACCAUUUCAA